AGCGCCUUCCACCACCCUCCUGCACCCCGUAAUCACCACCACCUUCUUCCAUAGAACCUCAAAUUUUCUUUUCUCUGCAACUUCCAACCAUAAUCCUCACUAACCUCCCGUCAUGUGCACACACUACCACUCUUCUUCUUCUUUCUUGCUACUAAAAGGCGCCUCUAACCUUCGCUUUCUUUCGUCUCUGUCUAGACCGUCCUCUGUUUCGAAGAUUCCGCUAUCAUCUGUUUCUUUUCCCAACCAAAAUCUUCAGAACUCGAGCUUCUACUCGGCUCUUCCCCGCAUUAGACGCUCGACUGCCCCUUGGAGCCACGGCAUCGAUUGGCGUUCCCCUCCCAGUCUUCGAGUCCAGGCCAGAGUUGCUGCUCUGCGGCCUCCGCCGUCUCAACGUUUCGCUACCAUGGCUUCUGAGCCUGCCUACAAGGGAAUAUUGACCAGUCUUCCCAAGCCUGAGGGUGGAGAGUUUGGAAAGUUUUAUAGCUUGCCUGCUCUUAAUGAUCCAAGGAUUGAUAGGUUGCCAUAUUCAAUUAGAAUACUUUUAGAAUCUGCGAUACGAAAUUGUGAUAACUUUGAAGUUACCAAGGAUGAUGUUGAAAAGAUUAGCGACUGGGAGAAUACAUCACUUGAGCAAGUUGAAAUCCCUUUCAAGCCUGCCCGUGUCUUGUUGCAGGACUUAACUGGAGUCCCAGCUGUGGUUGAUCUCGCUUCAAUGAGAGAUGCUAUGAAGAAUCUGGGCAAUGAUCCCAACAAGAUUAAUCCUCUGGUACCAGUGGACCUUGUCAUUGAUCAUUCAGUUCAGGUGGAUGUGGCGAGAUCAGAGAAUGCACUGCAGGAAAAUAUGAAAUUCGAAUUUGAGAGAAACAAAGAGAGGUUUGCCUUUCUUAGAUGGGGAUCAUCUGCGUUCCGUAACAUGCUUGUUGUUCCUCCUGGAUCAGGAAUUGUUCACCAGGUCAAUCUUGAAUACCUAGGGAGAGUUGUUUUUAACACCGACGGCCUACUCUACCCUGACAGUGUUGUUGGCACAGACUCCCACACAACAAUGAUUGAUGGGUUGGGAGUUGCUGGAUGGGGAGUAGGUGGAAUUGAAGCAGAGGCGGCAAUGCUUGGCCAGCCAAUGAGCAUGGUUCUUCCUGGUGUUGUGGGGUUUCAAUUGUCGGGUAAAUUACGUGAUGGUGUUACAGCUACCGAUCUGGUGUUAACUGUGACCCAAAUGCUAAGAAAGCACGGAGUUGUUGGCAAGUUUGUUGAAUUUUAUGGUGAGGGCAUGCGUGAACUAUCAGCUGCUGAUAGGGCUACAAUUGCCAACAUGUCUCCCGAGUAUGGAGCGACAAUGGGGUUUUUUCCUGUUGAUCAUGUCACUUUGGAGUAUCUGAAACUAACUGGAAGAAGUGAAGAAACAGUGUCUAUGAUUGAAACAUAUUUGCGUGCAAACAAAAUGUUUGUUGACUACAAUGAGCCGCAACAAGAACGAGUAUAUACUUCCUAUUUGCAUUUGGAGUUGGGAGAUGUUGAGCCUUGCGUUUCAGGACCAAAGAGGCCUCAUGAUCGAGUUCCUUUGAAAGACAUGAAGGCUGAUUGGCUUGCAUGCCUUGACAACAAACUUGGAUUUAAGGGAUUUGGAGUGCCCAAAGAAGAACAGGAUAAGGUGGCGAAGUUUACUUUUCAUGGACAGCCCGCUGAAAUAAAGCAUGGUAGUGUCGUUAUUGCGGCUAUUACAAGUUGUACAAACACAUCAAACCCUAGUGUAAUGCUUGGGGCUGGUCUUGUUGCAAAGAAAGCUUGUGAACUAGGUUUGGAGGUUAAGCCAUGGAUCAAAACAAGUCUUGCUCCAGGAUCUGGAGCUGUCACAGAAUAUCUGCUCAAAAGUGGCCUUCAAAAGUAUUUAAACCAGCAGGGGUUUCAUAUUGUGGGCUACGGAUGCACGACUUGUAUAGGGAACUCCGGAGAACUAGAUGAAUCGGUUGCUUCUGCAAUUGCUGAAAAUGACAUAAUUGCUGCAGCUGUUCUUUCUGGAAACCGAAAUUUUGAAGGCCGCAUACAUCCAUUGACAAGAGCUAACUAUCUUGCAUCUCCUCCAUUAGUGGUUGCCUAUGCCCUCGCUGGCACGGUUGACAUUGAUUUUGAUAAAGAGCCCAUUGGAACUGGGAGGGAUGGUAGAAGCAUAUAUUUCAAGGAUAUUUGGCCCAGUAACGAAGAGAUUGCAGAGGUUGUUCAAUCUAAUGUGUUACCUGAUAUGUUCAAAAGCACAUAUGAAGCUAUCACAAAGGGCAAUCCCUUGUGGAACCAGCUAACAGUGCCUACUUCUACUCUAUUUUCUUGGGAUCCAACCUCCACCUACAUUCAUGAGCCUCCUUAUUUCAAGAACAUGACAAUGGACCCACCAGGUCCUCAUGGGGUAAAAGAUGCUUAUUGUUUAUUGAAUUUUGGAGAUAGCAUAACAACAGAUCAUAUUUCUCCGGCUGGGAGCAUCCACAAGGACAGCCCUGCUGCAAGGUAUCUCCUUGAGCGUGGAGUGGAUUACAAAGACUUCAAUUCCUAUGGAAGCCGUAGAGGUAAUGAUGAAGUGAUGGCAAGGGGCACCUUUGCCAAUAUCCGCCUUGUGAACAAGCUUCUAAAUGGGGAAGUUGGACCAAAGACAACACACAUUCCUACAGGAGAAAAGCUCUAUGUUUAUGAUGCGGCAGUGAGGUUACAAAGCUGCUGGUCAUGACACAAUUGUUUUAGCCGGAGCUGAGUAUGGAAGCGGAAGCUCCCGGGAUUGGGCUGCCAAGGGUCCGAUGCUUCUUGGAGUGAAAGCAAUAAUUGCCAAGAGCUUUGAGAGAAUCCAUCGAAGCAAUCUUGUUGGAAUGGGAAUAAUUCCUCUCUGUUUCAA